GAUAACUACAAAAUAUUAAUCAUUAUUGUGCUUUAAGUAGCUAAAUUGUAUAUUCCUUACAUUAUUUAAAAUUUAUGUAAAAGUAAUAAAAAAUAUUACCUUAUUUAUUACUUAUUGCAUAUCUUAUCCGAAAAAUGUCCGCCAGUAAAUUAGACGCCGUUUACCGAAGUAUACUCUUAACGAAAUUUUUUACAAAAGGUUGGGGGAAACCAGAAAAUUUAAGAAGGUUAUUUGAAUUCAGGAAGAUUGUGUCAAAUCGUGAUGAAUGUUUUAAAUUAGUUGAUAAAGACUAUCCAGUUACAAUAACCAAGGAACAAAACCUAACAGAUUGUCAUCUACUAGAAGGAUACUUUUUAACACCAUUGGAGAAGCAUUUACCGGGUAUAGUACCAGAAAUAGCACAGAAAGCUCACUUCCAAAUUUUGUUGCCAGUCCACUGGCCUGACCCUCACUGCAAACCUGUUUGCUUACAUUUAGCGGGGACAGGUGAUCAUUUUUUUUGGCGACGGAGGAACCUCAUGGUAAAACCAUUAAUAAAGGAAGCAGGUAUCGGUGGAAUUAUUCUUGAGAAUCCUUUUUAUGGCCUUCGUAAACCUACAGAUCAAAUCCGAUCAUCACUACACAAUGUUUCGGAUAUAUUUGUGAUGGGCGGCUGCCUGAUACUGGAGUCGUUGGUGCUGUUUCACUGGUGCGAGCGAAAUGGGCUCGGCCCUCUCGGUGUUACGGGACUUUCUAUGGGCGGUCAUAUGGCGUCAUUAGCCGCUACGAACUGGCCGAAACCACUGGUUCUCGUGCCAUGUUUGUCAUGGUCAACCGCAUCUGCUGUAUUCCUUCAGGGCGUAAUGUCUCAAUCCAUAAACUGGGAUCUUUUAGAAGAUCAAUAUCUUUCUGAUGGGGCUUAUAGAGAAAAACUUUCGAAGAUGGUAACGAUAGUCGAUGAAGCUUUUCUUGCCGGAAAGAAAUUCGCUCGUACGUAUUCACAAAAUAUGGAGAGUAGUCCGAAUCCUAGCACUGAUACAAAACCUCAAAAUGCCAUAAUAGAUUCCUUGAAUCGCAACACGCUUAAAAAGGUCGAUAUUACUUACAAAGAGGAUGUCAGUGACAAACACAGCGAAGUAACCGAAGAUAGCAAUAAAGAUAUCGCGAUAAAACCAAAUGUGCCUUUUAACACUAAGUGGAUGUCAAACAAGGAUGAAGAAAAAUUCAAAGAAAAUUUAAAAGAAAUGCUUGAAAAUAACAAGAUUACUGAAGUACUGUAUAAUAAAUUAACAUCGAAUAAGAAUUUUGAAUUAGAACCGCAAGAUAUUGAGAAUAUAAAUAAAUUAACUGAUGGAAGAAUCAAAUUGUUAUUACUGAAAUAUAAAGAUCUGGAAAUGGAAGCUACACCACAGCAAAGAAAUGAAACCAACAAAGUCGAGUCCAAAAAUCGUAAUGAAAAUCUUAGUGAUAAUCACAAAGAACUAUUUGAUGACACUUCAAACAAAAUAGUGAAACAGAAAACAUCGGAUAAUGAAAUUAAAACAACUGAGAGCACAGAAUUAACGAUUGCAACAGACAAAAAAGAUAAAAAACCUUGGACCGUAUCAGAUUUUACAUCUGAUCUUUGGGUCAAUUUACCAUUUUUUAAACCGAGCGGGAAAAAGAUAGAUAUAGGAAAAAUCCAUUGGAGAGAUAGAGAGGCGUUACAGUUCAUGCGCGGGAUCAUGGACGAAUGCACCCACUUGAGUAAUUUCUCGAUACCUUUCGAUACUUCGUUAAUUAUAGCGGUGUGCGCCAAACACGACGCGUACGUGCCGCGCGACGACGUGGGCACGCUCGAGGAGAUCUGGCCGGGAGCGGAGGUGCGCUACGUCGACGCGGGACACGUGUCCGCCUACAUCCUGCACCAGUCGCUCUUCAGAUCUUGUAUUAUGGAAGCCUUUGAGAGGUCUAAGAAAAAAUGGAGCGAUGGUAAACAUCUUUAACGAACACUUAGAUAAAACAAUUAGGUGCAAUUUAAACAGAGUGUUUAAGACUUUAGAAAUCUAUAUCCAAUGAACUAGUGUCACGUCGGCGUCAUACAUGUAGUAAUUAUUUUAAAAAUGUUAACCGACACUUUUAAACGGUCGUUAUUAUACAAUUUAAUUCUUCCGACAUAUAUUUAUCUCGGAAGCUGUUAUCGAUUUUGCCAAGUGCUGUGAGAAUAGGUACUUUACGUAUCAUUUGAUAAUUUACCGCAAUAAUAUAAUUAUAAUAAAUUUAGGUACGAAUAAAUCUUUUAAAGAUAUAAGUAAUUACGGUAAUCGCAUGUGUUCUUUUGAAUAUGCUCUACGAAUUAUCACUAUUUGCGAAUCAUUGAAAUUAUUAUUAUUAAAAUCGAUUUUACAUAUUAUAUAGAGAUAAGGACGAUUUAUUAUAUAUUAUAUAUAUAAAAUCGUUUCAAUGUUAGUUAAAUUGCCGAGUCCCAUUGUUUGUUAUAUCGUUUUUAUUUCAAUUUAUCAUGAAAUUGUUUGAAUGUUUUAGUGUAGCUGUUGGUGUUAAUUAUUUUAGCAAAAUAGUUUCCUAGUCUUAAUUUUAUUAUUAAAAAUAAUGCCAUAAUGCUUUUCUUAGAUAGAGCACAAAACUAAAUAUCGAAAUAUGAGUCAAAACAGAUAAAUCUUUAAUUUCCAAUUCGAAGUACAAAGUGUGCGUUUUACUUUGAGCGUGUUUAGUUUAGAUGGUAAUUUAUUGUGAAAUGCUUAUAUAUAUUUAUUGUUAACUAUUUGCAAAUUGUGUAUUAGAUAUCUCUAUUGAGAUAAAAAACUGUAUUUUUAUAAAUAAAUAUAUUGUUCAAU